GGAAGGUCAGCGUGUGAAGGAGGCUGUGGUAACGCGGGUCUCCCCGCGCCUACUGUGAAGCAACCGCCGAGCGCUCGACCCCGGCUUGAGGCAGGGUCGGGAACGAGACGGUAGUUUCCUGAGACACCAUGGAAGGCGGCGGGGGAAGUGGUAACAAAACCACAGGGGGAUUGGCGGGUUUUUUCGGAGCCGGUGGAGCAGGUUACUCGCACGCGGAUUUAGCCGGCGUCCCGCUAACUGGUAUGAACCCUCUGUCUCCUUAUUUAAAUGUGGAUCCACGAUAUCUUGUGCAGGAAACGGAUGAGUUUAUUUUACCAACUGGAGCUAAUAAAACACGGGGCAGAUUUGAACUAGCCUUCCUUACCAUUGGAGGAUGUUGUAUGACAGGAGCUGCAUUUGGAGCAGUGAAUGGUCUUCGGCUAGGAUUGAAGGAAACCCAGAACAUGGCCUGGUCCAAACCAAGAAAUGUACAGAUUUUGAAUAUGGUGACUAGGCAAGGUGCACUUUGGGCUAAUACUCUAGGUUCUCUGGCUCUGCUUUAUAGUGCAUUUGGUGUUAUCAUUGAGAAAACAAGAGGUGCAGAAGAUGACCUCAACACAGUAGCAGCUGGAACUAUGACAGGCAUGUUGUAUAAAUGUACAGGUGGUCUUCGAGGUGUAGCACGAGGUGGUCUGGCAGGACUAACACUUACCAGCCUCUAUGCACUGUAUAAUAACUGGGAACACAUGAAAGGUUCCUUUCUUCAACAGUCACUCUGAAGAUUUUUACCAACUGAUGAAUGUAGGACAUUUCAGUAGUCAUCUAGACCAAUUAAUCAGUCUGGAGUUACCUUCUCUUCUACCUACAAUUAGUUUGAGAAAUUGGAAAUUCCAAUUUGCUGUGAUAAAGAUCAGGACCGGCAUUUCUUCUUGCCCUUAAAGGCAAAACCCUUUGGUGACUCACUGAGUAAUGUGGUUGGUUCUCUUCUCCUUUGGAGAAGAUAUUGCACCUGUUCUCUCUCCUACUCCUUGACCUAGAAAACCACUUACUCUCAGAAUUCAGGUCAUGCUUAUUGUUAAUACUUUAUCACUGUUUGUUCAUUUCAUGAUCUCAAACUGCAAUGUUGCCCUGUGUUCUGAAUAAAGGGUAAAAAAUAAGAACCGUUAUAACUCCCACAUAA